CCGCCGCCUCCUCGUCUCCCUCCUCCUUCAAAGCCAACCAAGAUUUCAUCAGGGUAGGCUCGCGUACAUCGCGCGCGGAGGGAGAUCGAUCGUUCGUUCGUCCUACUCGUAUCCAUCGAUCGGAAGAAUCCCAGUCGCCGGCGCCCAAGAAACACACCGAACGCUCAGGUGAUCACAGGCAUGGCGCCGCCUCUCCUCCGCGGCGUGCCCGUGCUGAUCGCGCUCGUCGUCAUGGCGGCGGUGGCCUUGCUCCCGGCCGCGGCCGCCGACGACAUGGGCGGCGUGGUGGCGUCGGCGUCGGGGCGGAGGAAGAUGGCGGCGGCGGCGGCGACGUGCGACGGCGCCGUGGGGGAGUGCGACGUGGACGACGAGGAGGAGGUGGAGGAGAUGGCGCUGAUGGGGGCGGCGGGCGCCGCCUCCGGGGAGACGCUGAUGCGGCGGUCGCUGGCGGCGCGGCGGCCGACGAACAGGUACGUGAGCUACGCGGCGCUGGACGCCAACAAGGUGCCGUGCAACAAGCGCGGCCAGUCCUACUACCAGAACUGCGCCUCGCAGAAGGCCGCCAACCCCUACCGCCGCGGCUGCUCUGCCAUCACCCGAUGCGCUCGCAAUACCAACUGAUCAUCUCCUCUUCCUCCGCCGUCGCCGCCGUCGUCGCCAUCGCCGCCGGCGGCGGCGGCGGUGGCGGCGAAUACGCUGCUGUCAUAAGUGUAUGUACAUAUCGACUCAAUCCAAAGCGUAUGUGAUGAGCAACUGCUGCUGCUGCUGCUAAAAAAUCUUCAGUGCUAAAAUAUCUAUACAAGUGGUAGCAUGCAUUCUAUUAUUUGUCAUCAUCGAAUUAAUUGCGUUUUCAAAUGUUGGGGAAAUAUUUUUUUUGAAGAGAAUGUACUGAGGAUCAGUUCAUGCAUGUUUCUCGGUUGCACUAUUGAAAAAAGAGAGAAUUUAAGCGGGCCAA